AUGCACGCUUCCACCAUCUACGCCUCCGUCCUGGCCUUCGCCGCCUCGGCCAUGGCCCAGACCGCCGGUUACGCCGUCAUGACCUCCCCCGCCUCCGGCGAGGUGCUCCCGGCCGGCGAGACCUUCACCAUUGUGUGGGAAGCUGGCAGCUACACUGGCCCGGCCACCAUCAACCUUGUGGGAGGUGUCACCCCCUCUACCCUGGUACCCAUGGGCGCCAUCUCCACCGUUCAGAUUGAGUCUGGCUCGUUCUCCUGGGCCGUCGACUGCUCCCUGGGCACUGACGCCACCUACGGCCUGAAGAUUGUCUCGGUGGCAAGCCCUGACACCUUCCAGUGGUCGUUCCCCUUCCACAUCAAGGGACCUUGCGCUGGCACACAGACGUCGACUUCCAGCGCUGACGUCGCCGUCUACCCUACCUCGUCUGCGUCUGCGACUGGCUACGCCACCUCAUCCGGCCCUGCUAUCGCCACGUCUGAGGUCGUGAGCACCACCACCUUCUGCCCCGAGUCCAGCUCCAGUGCCGCUGCCGUCACCACCUACAGCCCCAGCACCUUCGCUACCAUGACCCCCUCGGCCAACGCGACCUACAUUGCCAGCAGUGCCACCGCCUCCGCAUACCCCACCACCAGUGUCGGCUCCAACAGCACCGCCACUGGCUCAACCCCCAUCCCCACCGCCGGUGCCGGCAAGGUUGGCGCUGCCUCCUUCGCCCUGAUCGCUGGUAUCGCCGCUCUCCUUAUCUAA